AUGCCUGAAUCACUGAGCGAAGAGCAGCGAGAGCGCCUCAAGGCCGCUCUCUGGUUCUCCAUCGGCAAGAUCGUCGACGAGGAGUCACUCAAACAGAACUGCAACGCGACUCCCCAAUUCAUCGGCGCGCUCACCGAGAUGGUCUGGUCUCAAAUAGAGUCCGUUGCCAUUGACCUGGAGAACUUCAGUCGGCAUGCCUCGAGGUCCCAGGUGAGGACCGAGGACGUCAUGUUGCUGGCGAGGAAAAACCCCGAUCUUCUGGACUUGGUCAAAGAAUUUGUCCAGAAGAAGGAGGCGGAGAAGGCGAAGAAGGGCAAGGGCAAGGAGAGGAGGUGA